AUGUCUUCCACUUCUGCCACCUGGACCUCUUUCAUCAAGAGCAUUGCCUCGUACAACGGCGACCUUUCGUCCUUGACCGCGCCUCCGUUCAUUCUCUCCCCCACCUCGCUGGUGGAGUAUCCUCAGUACUGGUCAGAACACGUUGAUUUGUUUCUGGCCCCAAACUUCAUCAGACAGGAGGCCAACGACAUCGACGCCGUGGAGCUCAAGCACAUGGUGGCCGUGCUGCGGUGGUUCAUCUCCACUCUCAAGAGCCAGUACUGCUCGCGCGCAGAGUCGUUGGGCGGCGAGAAGAAGCCCCUGAACCCAUUUCUCGGCGAACUGUUUCUCGGCAAGUGGACCGACCAGUCCGCGUCCAAGCAGCACGGCGACACGCUGCUGGUGAGCGAGCAGGUCAGCCACCAUCCGCCCAUCACCGCAUACGCCAUCGAAAACAAGACAAACAAGACCGUUUUGCAGGGCUACAACGGAGUUAGAGCCUUCAUGUCCACCACAGCCUUGAACGUCAGACAGUACGGCCACGCUUUGCUUGAGUACCAGAACCUGAAAGAAACGUACCUGAUCACCCUGCCACCGCUCCACAUCGAAGGUAUCUUGAUGGCCGCUCCGUUCGUCGAGCUGGAGCAGAAGUCGUACAUUCAGUCUUCGGCUGGCUACGUUGCCGUGAUAGAGUACUCCGGAAAGGGCUACUUCUCCGGAAAGAGCAACUCGUUUAAGGCCAGAAUCUUCAAGGACAUUCGCGAGGCACAGGACAAGACCAAGGCCUUGUACACGAUCAGCGGCCAAUGGUCAGGCGUGUCCAAGAUCUCUCGCGGGAACACCCUUGCCUCGGACGCACAGGUGUUUUACGACGCCAACGCCCAGAAAGCUCAGCCAUUGUCUGUGAAGCCGAUCGAGGAGCAGGGCCCGCUCGAGAGCAGACGGGCCUGGCAGAAAGUCGCCGACGCAAUCAGAGCAAACGACUACAACCUGAUUCACCAGGAAAAGUCAAUCAUCGAGAACGAGCAACGUGAGCUACGUAAGAAGGAACAGGCAGACAACACCACGUGGAAACAGAAAUUCUUUGAUGAAAUUGAUUACAAAUCGCUGACCGAAGACACGGACGAAACAGGGUACAUCAAGCUGGCCAAGAUGGCCAACCUGUCGCACAAGAAUGUCCCUUCGGGAACAAAACAGGACUCUUCCAAAGAACAGGGCGCCGAAGAAGCUUCGCACUGGAGAUUCAACCAGGAGAAGUUCGACACGGCUAAGCUUGCGUUCUGA